CUAAUAGUCGCUGAAGAAAUUUCCGAAAGUGUGUUGUGUGGGGUGAGAAGACGAUGAGGAAAUAUUGGUAGCAGAAAAUUAGAGAGAGAGAGAGAGAGAGAGAGAGAGUUGGAUUGAUUUUCUUCUUCCUUUUUCUCCAAAGAGAAUCUAAUCUCAAUCCUCAACCUCCUUAUUGCACACAUAUCUUCAGAUUUCUUCAUUCCUCUUUCAAUCUUUUCUCUUCCCGUUCACAUCCUCGUUUUCUCCGAAACAUAAAAAAAUAAUCUUGGUUUUGUUUUCUUGUUUUUUGUUAUUUGACUUGGUUGUCUGAAUCGGUUGUCGCAGCAGGGUCCGGAGACACAGGCAUUCGGGGUCUGGUUUCCUGUUUUACUUGCAAACAAAUCGCUAUGCAGAGCCAACUUGUGUGCAAUGGUUGUAGGAGCCUUCUGCUUUACCCGAGAGGGGCAACCAAUGUUUGUUGUGCAUUGUGCAACACGAUUACCUCUGUUCCUCCACCUGGGAUGGAAAUGUCUCAACUUUACUGUGGAGGCUGCAGGACGUUGCUAAUGUACACUCGUGGAGCUACAAGUGUGAGAUGUUCCUGCUGUCACACUGUAAACCUUGUUCCAGCAACUAAUCAGGUAGCUCAUGUCCACUGUGGGAACUGCCGGACAGCCCUCAUGUAUCCUUACGGAGCUCCCUCAGUCAAAUGUGCUAUUUGCCACUAUAUUACUAAUACGAACAAUGGACGGCUUCCAAUCCCUGUCCAUAGAUCCAAUGGGACAGCCAAUGCUGGGACAUUACCUUCUACUUCAACAUCAAUGCCUCAAUCUCAAAGUCAGACAGUAGUAGUAGAAAAUCCAAUGUCUGUGGAUUCAAGUGGGAAAUUGGUGAGCAAUGUUGUGGUCGGCGUCACAACAGAUAAGAAAUAACAGCAUCACACAUACAAGGUACACUACAUGUCACGAGGCAUCACCACAGUUACUGUCACAUGAAGAUAUUGUUUGUGUAUAUGAAUAUAUAUAUAUAUAUAUAUAUAUAUAUAUAUAUAUAUAUAUAUAUGAUAUUGCAGCCUGCAGUGGUUCAAUUGAAAUCAAUAUUUUUCCAUUCCAAGAGUGGGAUGGAUAUGUAUGUAUGAAUGUAUAUGAGGUGGACAGGUUGUGAAAAGGGCAUAAAAACCUAUUUUGUGUGAUUGCCAGAGCCUGCUUUGUUUUUUUCUUGGUACUCAAUAUCCAAAAUCAAUUGGUUCAUUCAGAUUAUGUUGACUUUCAAAUCCUAGACUAGUAAAUGCUACUUUUUUCUUUUA